UAACUUUUCAAGGCUGUACAAUAGACAGUGGCAUGGCCGAUGCCUCGGUCUGUGCUGUUACUAGGCGGGUAUCUCGUAGUCCUAGGUGGUGUUCUUUUGAUUCGGAGUGCUGUCGUUGGACUCGAAGACGGUGUUAUCACUGAAGAACAGGUUGAUUCCCAGCAGUUAGAGGUACCUGCAGCUCCUCAAAAUCCUGUAUACGAUUCUAGCCGCUGCUGCAGAGAUCCAGUUUUCGAAGAUGCUAAUUAUCUAUUUGUGUCGACUAUGGAUGGUAGGCUUCACGCUCUAGAUGCUAAUAAUGAUGGUGAAGUGGCUUGGGUAGCCGAUUUUGAUACCGAAGCCUUGAUGUGUGGGACUUUGGGCAAAAUGCAGCCUAUGCAAGUAGAUGGUCGGGUCUUCACUCUCGUCCCUGCAUUAGAUGGCAAUUUAUACAUGUACUCUCGAGACGAACAUCUUCUCGAACCUAUCCCGCUGAGUACGGACAUACUUCUCCAGGCUUCAGUUCGCGUUGGUCACGACGCUGUAGCUGGGGGACGAACGGUCACCACCACGGGAGUAGAUCCGCUUACCGGAGAAGUGCGCUACCACUGCUCGUCUUCUCAUUGCAAUUCAGCUGUCACAAAACCGGUUACAACUACACUUGUAUUUCGUCGAAGCACCAGCAAGAUCCGAGCUGUAGAUGCGUUGACUGGAAUCGAGAGAUGGAAUUUGUCUGUUUCUGAGUAUGAUGCGACUUUGGUCAAAAGUGGCAAAUCUCAGUUGUACGCUGCUGGGGGGCACAGAAUUCGGUACCUUGUGCAGCCUCCUGAUGGUGUCAUAACCGCUUAUGACAACUGCGGAAACGAACUAUGGUCGCAGCAGUUGGAUAGCCAUAUUGUGAGAACUUGGAGGUUGGAGAACGGCGAGUUGAGCGAGGUUUCGCUUUUCGAUGCGGAUAACAUACACACCCUUUCUGUCGGAAAUGAAGUGACUUCAAACACUGUUCGCAGAACGGAGUCGUUGUUUUAUCUAGGAACGCUCAACAAUGAACCGUUCAUUAUGCAUUCAUCUCUAGUAAAGAAGGAAAUGAAAAGAAUUGCUAAGAAUAUGGAUCUUUCGGAACCUCCAUCAUCCAGUCAGAGUCAUAACCAGCUCGCACGACCAUCUGGUUCGACAUAUCUUAUUGAGCAGGGCACCGUUGAUGAAUUACUCUUCUCUUCUUACAAACGCUCAUUCACUGCCAAACAAGCAAGGAAUAACAACAAACAGAUUUCUACGCGGCAGAACCGUGAACUUCAAGUUGUGGCGGCGAAUGAAGGAAGGGUGUCUUAUCCAUCAGUAUCCUGUCCUAGCAGCGAGGGGACUGCGCUAAUCGGCGAAAAGGAUAUCCGAAGUGCCGCUUUUGAUGGUCCAGGUGGUGGCGAUCAAGGAUGGUUUGUGAUGCGACCUUCUGGCAAUCCUGCGAAACGUGACCUGUUCAAUCUUUUGGAUCCUUCGCAAUGCAAUUCAAACAUCGUUGAGCGUUUCAGCAAGACACUUCGAGUUGAUCACAUGGUGUCGGGUUGGUGGAGAAUCAUUGCUUUGGCGAUGUUGGGUCUAGUUGGAUCCGCAUCUGUCGUCCUACAUGCUUUAUUGAGUCGUCGUAGAAAACGAGAUGCCCUCUCUCCCUCUCUUCUCUCAUCCACAGAUUCAUCCAUCGUGGUCACUUUGGCUAAGGCCAAGAGAGCAGAAACGCGGUCGACUUCCGUCGGACCAUCUGUUGGAAGCACACCGUCGUCUGAAGAAACACCCACCGGAGAAAUCAGACAACGCAGAACGACUUCCAGUCAUGAUAGCGUCGGCGAAACUUUCCACAGCAAAUUUCUGCAAGACUUUGAACCAGUGAAGCUGCUUGGGCAUGGAGGUUUUGGUGUAGUGUUUGAAGCUAUAAAUCGUCUUGAUGAAUGUCCUUAUGCGGUAAAACGCAUAGCGGUUUCCAACAGCGAACGCGCCAUACAACGAGUUUUGCGUGAAGUGCGAGCUAUGGCGAAGUUGGAUCAUCCAAGCAUUAUCCGAUACUAUCACACAUGGAUUGAAAGACCUCCUGAUGGAUGGCAGGAGCUACUGAGCCAGAAGUCACUUGAAUCUUCCUCAUCUGUUGUAGUCCCACUAUCGGAAGUCACCUCUGAACCUUCACAAAGCGUGGAAGCCCCUGCUAUGAACGAAUACAGUGACGACGGGUCCUGGCUCGAUGAUGGUAACGACGAUGGAGACGAAGCUGAUCGUGAAGAACUUUCAGACAGCGAUGAUGACGAAAGUGAAAUAAGCGCCCCAAAGCAAGUUACAAAAGAGGAAUCCGAAAGUGUCAUAUUUGCUACCUACAGUUCAGGAGAUGCUUCGAAGGCCAAUACCAAGGUUGACAAAGAGUUAGCACAACUAGGGAAGAAGAUGGUGCUAGUGUCGUCUACCGAUGAGGAUCUGAUGCCGAGUCCCGUUACUAGUAAUUUCGUGUACAUAUACAUUCAGAUGCAGCUGUGUCAAGAAAAGACGUUGCAUAUGUGGUUGUCCGAACAUAGGUUACGGACAGAUCGCCCGUUAGAAAAAAUGAAGAUGUGGAUGAUACAAAUGUGUAGUGCGGUUAGCUACAUCCACCACCAAGGCCUGAUUCAUCGCGAUAUGAAGCCGCAAAACAUAUUCUUCGCAUCGGAUCAGACCCUGAAAGUAGGGGACUUGGGAUUGGUUACCAGAUGUGUACCGGCUGAGGUUCAACCGAUUGAAAAGAACUCAUCGCGUUUUGCAAUUCAUACUGAUAAUGUGGGAACGAGAGGAUACAUGAGUCCAGAGCAGCUAGCAAACAAGCCGUACACUUUCAAGGUGGAUGUGUUUUCUCUUGGUCUGAUCUAUUGUGAGCUAGUAAUACCAUUCCAAACGCUUAUGGAGAGGAGUCUGACACUAAGCAGCUUGCAACAUGAUAGUGUUCCUGACAGUCUUGCAGCGAUACCAGAAGAGCGCGAUUUUAUUCGUUGGCUCACAUGCAUGGAUCCCGACAAACGCCCUACCUGUGACGAGAUAUUAGAUUCUGAUUAUUUGGCCGGUGUUGAAAGUCAGAUGAGCCUUCGAUCGAAUGGCUUGAGGCGACGUCCUAAGAGCGAGCCCAAACCUUGACUGGGAACCGAGCUUUCUGUAAGUUGCGAUUGUAGCGCACGUGGCAUGUCACUUCUCUUAUUCACAGAAUUCCGCCGAUGUGAUACUUGGGUAUAUACAUUUCUUAAAGUGCUUUCUUUGCUUUCGGUUAGUUUGAAAUUGGUCAUAUCUUUUUGUGUUUAUUUUAUCGUAUACAUGUUGAAGCGUAACGGUGAAUUCUCGCGUUACAUAGAGUUCUAGAAAGAUUAGAUCUUUAUUUAUAUAUUCUGAUGUCAUAUGGAUAUGAUCAGAAUGGGUGUUACCUGUGAUCUUUUGUGUUGUUCCUUCAUUUUCUGCCGUUUGCUCUGUAUAUUGUGUAUAAAGCCAAAGCUUGGCGGGCAUUGAUUAUGGCGUAUUCAGAAUACAUUCGACUGUUUAUAGAAGUUCCGUUUAUGCCAUAAAGUUUUGCGGUUC